AUGGUGAUAAACAACUCUGGGGAGGUUUUCAAAACAGAAUUUCUUGUGGAAGGUCGAAAACAACCACUUAUUGAAAUCAGAGAGAGAACACUGAGAAGUCAAGAACAAUACAUGCGACAUACUUCAGAUGAAGAUUUUCAAAACAUGCAUUUGGAAAGUGUAAUCACCAGCCUAAAAGAGAUCAAUGAAUAUCAUGAUGGAGGAAAUGAAGAUGAAAUGAGGGCCCGGCUUAAGAAAUUUGAAAGGACACGGCACAUCAAAAUGUGGCAUGAUCUCUCAACUGUUGCUAAUCAUAGUCACCUGGUAUUUAUGGUAUCAUGUCUGUAUGACCCAGCAAUACAUUAUACAAAUGAAGAGUAUCUUAAGAUGACCAACAUCAAAGAAGAUGUCCAAGCUAGAGUGGAAUCGCCAGAGGUGUAUAUAGUUGCCAGGUCAGGAAGUUCAGAUGCCGAACAAUUGGCCUAUGUAGACACACGACGAGAAUGA